AUGAGAACCUACAGCAAAAAAUUCGGACGAGAAGUCUGUAAAAACAUUGCCCGACAAUUAGUGUUGAAAUUUCCGCGUACAUUCCAAGAUAGAGACGACAAGGGUGAUAUACUGGGAGAUGGCAUAAGCAGCAUCGCUAACAAGUUAGAAUCACGAGCGACUUACUUGGACCGACCGCAUGUUCGAAAAUCCAACACGCUUGAUGAUCAAUUGAACAUUCCCGCUAAAUUGUUAAAAUUACGAAGAUCGGUGACAGCCGGCACUACAGACUGGCAGCCGAAGGAAAAUCCCAUUAAUGAGACAGCUGAAAGUCUCGAACAGAAGAGGUGUGAAUUGAACACUUUAUUCUUAAACGUCCUACUUAGUGAUAGAGAUACUGAAAUAGCAAAUCAAUUGCUAGAAGCUACAUUUGCAACCCAAAGGACAUUUUUUAAUAAACUCACAAAGAUCCCGAAUAUAACCGAAAUUCGAGAAAAGUGGACCUGUCUACUGUCUGUUUACGGCAUCUUAUGGCACUUUAAGAGGUUAACUGGUCAAAAUAUGGAAAUUCUUGUUACGAGAUUCGAACAGAAAGUUGAAACUCUUUUGACUUACAGGUUUCUAAAAAAUAUAUGCGAAGCUCGUGAUAAAAUACAGGAAGAAAUGAAGUAUGAAGUGGCUCUCAAGGUUGUGUGCGCCCACUUCAAAGAAGACUUUGGAAAUUUAUUUUUUUCUUUUCCGUUGACGGGUGACACUACUAUCUCUUCUGAGAUGGUGUCAUCUUCUUCGUGCGCCUCGCAGAGGGUAGCGAUUGCUGGUACAGGGGUGGCCCUGUUCAGCAUUCGGUCUCCUUGGGCUGGCACUUCUUCUGGGUUGUUUCUUGCUGGAGGAACAGCGACAAGUUGUGAGUGGUGA